UAUGUUUUUCUCGUGACUGUUCUUGUGAUAGACGACAAGUUUAAAUGGUUUAAAGGAAGAAAAGAGAAAUACGGAAUUGCUGAAGCUACAAAUAUUGUUUUUGGAAAGAAAUGAAAAUGUAGAGGUAACUUUGUACAAAGGUCUGCGACUGAACAUCUUAUGUACUGCAUAUCAUCUAAAUAUGGAAGAGACUUACCAUGCUAACGUAAAGACACCAUUGAUAAGACAACAGGAACCAAUAAAUUUCGAUCAUGAAAAUGGCCUCACUAUCCCCACGCAAGGUCAGAAUUCAUCAAGGGCGCCAACGAAAAAUAUGACACCUUUUUUUAUCGUUGUGGUGUUAGAACGCUUCACAUAUUAUAGUAUAGUCAUAAGUCUGUUCUUUUUCUUUUGUGAUGACGUUUAUCUGAUUAAGGAUAAGACAACAUCUAAUACCACCAAUGUUGAUGUAACUGUGUUGUGUAUUGUGGGCUUAUCUUGGAUGUUUUGCGUAUUGGGUGGCGUAUUAAGUGAUGCAAAACUUGGUAAACGUGGGACUAUCACUUUGGGACUCUUUGUAUAUGCAAUUGGGAUAGGAUUUCUCUUAAUAUGUGCUGCCGCUUUUGAGGAGGGAAUGAUUGGCAAACAAUAUUCUUAUCGAAUGACUAUGGUAAUGGCCUCAUUUAUUUUAAUACUUUUUGGAGAGGGAGCUUACAAGGCAAACAUUUCAGCAUUUGGUGCAGAGCAAUUGAAUAGCAAAGAUGUAGAUAGUACAAGACGAUACUUUGAUAUUUAUUAUUUUUAUCUAAACAUUGGAGCAAUGCUUGCUGUCAUUAUUUCAGCGUACAUUCAGACAAGACAAGGUUUUUUCAUUGGGUACAUAGCACCCACUGCAACAAUUGUAUUGGCCUUCUUCAUUUUUCUGUUCUCAAGUCAUCUAUAUACUAUUGUUCCGCAUGAGCAAAUGGUAGGCAAGGUUUUUCAGAUUUUCAAGGAUGCAAGAAGAAAACGGCACCAAAAUGAGAGAAGUUUAUCAUUACCAUUGCAACAGAAACUAUCAUGGUUGGACUAUGCCAGAAUAAAAUAUGGAGGAAGCUAUCUUGAUUGGGAAGUAGAUGAAGUUCAAUUUUUAGUAAUGGUCAUUCCUGUCUUGGUUGUAUUGUUACCUUUUGCUAUUAUCUAUAGUCAGAUGAAUGCAACCUUUCUAAAUCAAGGAUUACAAAUGAAACUGCCAUUUGAGUACAGCAGCUUUCCUGUUGCCUGGUUGCUCUUUUUCAACAUUUUCAUAAUUCUUAUUCUUUUGCCAAUCAUGAACAGAUUUGUGUAUCCUUGGUUGAAAAGACAUGGUUACAAUAUGGCACCUUUGACUAGGAUAUCCAUUGGUAUAGUGUUGUCUUGUUUUGCUGUUAUUGCUGCUGGUUUUGUGGAAAUAUUUGUGAUACAAGAUUUUACUGAGAAUAACACAAUUGAAGUCAAGCAAACAGACAACAAUAGCACAAAGGCUGCCAAUCUAACAAUAUUUUUACAAGUUCCUCAAUAUUUGUUUGUUGGUUUAGGUGAAAUAUUUGCCUACAUUGGAGGUCUUGAUUUUGCCUAUCGAAAUGCACCUCGAUCAAUGCAAGGUCUUGUGAUGUCAUCAAACUUUGUGAUUGAUUCAGUUGGCUCAUUGUUGGGCUCUGGUCUCCUGAAGUUGAGCGUUCUUAUUCACCUGGUCAAAAGAAAACGAAAAGGAGAACCCUAUGAUUUAACUUAUUAUUUUUUGUAUUAGCUGUUCUUAUGCUUAUCUUCUGGCUAAUGUUUGUCAUUUAUAUUGGACGAAGAAGAAGAAAAUAUGGGCGGCAACGAGAAAGGGCAAGACUCUUGCCCAAAGCGGCAAAUAAAUAGCAAGUGUGGAAUUUUGAGAAAAAACAUAAAAACUUUGGAAAUAAAAAUCCUGAAUUUCUACUCAGAAAAAGGGGCGAGGACGCCGAGGAGUGGGAAUGCUUGGUGAAUAAAACACGAAAAACGAAAAAACAUAUUUUAUUGAUGUAAGAACGAAACAUUUAGCAAGACUAGUUUUUGUGGCGCCCAAAAGCACCAAAGGCACAAUUUACAAAACGACCCUAAUUUAAAGUUUUGCUCCCCUUCGCUCUGACUGAACACUUAAAGUCUGAGACUGAAACUGCUGAAACUUUACUUGUCGCUUAAAGAAGCUUUAUUUAAUAGAUAUCAAUGCUUAUCUUAUGA